UCUACCAGGCUUCUUGAAAGGAAACUUCCCUUUGAGAAAUUAUUCUUGGCACCAAUGGCUGGAGUAGCCAGCCUUAUGGGAAGAAGAAGCAGUGGUGACACCCACUGUGGAAGGUAUAAAUAGGGAUCGGCGGCCACGGACAGCUCGCAGUCUGAUUUCGUAUCAAGCUGUGCAUCUUGCUUUGGGCUUCUGCUUGCGUUUCCAACCGCUGUCGCCAUGAGUUGCAACAUUAAGGAGACUAUUACUGUGUCUAGCAAAGGCAGGAGCAGCGGUGGCAGCUGUAUCAUUGGUGGUGGUGGUGGAGCACGGAUUUCUUCCUUUGGCAUAGGCAGUGGCAGAGGUUUUUCUGGAAGGAGUUACUGCGGUGGAGUGAAUUAUGGAGGGGGACUGAGUGUUGGUAGCUUGGCUGGUGGGAACUAUGGAGGUGGCAACUGCUAUGGCAAUGGCCUUGGGUUUGGACUUGGAGGUGGUGUGGUUGUUGGGGGUCUUGGUGGCGACUGCUUGCUUUCAUCCUGCGAUGAGAAGGUCACCAUGCAAAACCUCAACGACCGCCUGGCUUCCUACCUGGACAAAGUGAAGUGCUUGGAGAAGGAGAAUGCUGAGCUGGAGUGCAGGAUCAGAGAGUGGUACGCAACACAGGGCCUCUCCUGCGAGCCCCGCGACUACAGCUGCUACUACAAAGAGAUUGAAGAUCUUCAGAACCAGAUUGUCUGCGCAACCAUUGAUAACAACAAGAUCAUCCUGGACAUUGAUAACAGCAGGAUGGCUGCUGAUGACUUCCGGUGAUUUCAGAUUGAGGAGGUGAAUCGGGAAGUUAUUACAAGUGGUCAGGAGGUGGAAACGUGCAACAACCAGGUGACUGAACUGAGACGCCAAUUGCAAACCCUGGAAAUCGAUCUCCAAGCUCAGCUCAGCCAGAGGGACAAUCUGGAGUCCUCGCUGGCGGAGACAGAGUGUCGCUACAACAACCACCUUGGUGAGCUGCAGAGCCAGAUCACGUGUGUGGAGCAGCAGCUGGCUGACCUGCGGGCAGAGAUGGAGUGCCAGAACCAAGAGUACAAGAUCCUGCUGGACGUUAAGUGCCGCCUGGAGCAGGAGAUCCACACGUACCGCUGCCUGCUGGAGGGUGGCCAGCAGGACCUUAUUCAACAAGGAGGAAUUGGUCAGUCUUCAGGUCUAGGAGGAGGAGUUGCAAGAAGCAGUGGGAUAGGAGGAGGAGGCAUCAUUAGGACAAGCCACACUUACACUUCGUCUGCCCAGAUCCCAUCCUGUGCAGCUGCGGAGAUCCAAGUGCCUUGCCGAAGGAUUUGUGAUUAAGCAGAGAAACGAGAAUAUCCAACAAGAGAAGCCUGAAGCAGAGCUAUGGAUGAAGAGAGAGAAUAUUUACUGCAUGUGUCUGCAGAGAGCACAGAGCGUGCUCGUCUGUGUUGCUCAGCCAUGUUAAACAAUGUGUCAGAGGGAUGAGCAGAGCAUUGGGCCACAUUCUGCUUUAUUUUGCUAUUUGCUUUUCAGUCUGUGUUGCUGUGUGUGGCCCAGCACCAUGACUAUUGCUGUAGUCAGCCAGGGCUAUGAUCACUUAUGUACCUGCUGGUGAAAAAUGUCUCUAAUAAAACUUUG